CCGAGCCCCAUCCCUUCAACCUGCCACGGCCUAGAGGAGUUUCCCUCGACUGCCCGCGGAGGGAAAUUGUGGCCAUGGAGAAGUACCAAGUGCUGGGCCUGGUGGGAGAAGGCAGCUACGGGAUGGUGACCAGGUGUAGAAACAAGGAGAACGGGCAGAUUGUCGCCGUCAAGAAGUUCCUGGAAAGUGAGGAUGAUGCUGUGGUGAGGAAGAUCGCCGUGAGGGAAAUCAGGCUGCUGAAGCAACUCAGGCAUGAGAAUUUGGUGAACCUGCUGGAAGUGUAUAAAAAGAAGAAAAGGUGGUACCUGGUGUUUGAAUUUGUGGAUCACACAGUGCUUGAUGACCUCGAGGCCUUUCCAAAUGGGCUGGACUACAGCAGGGUUCGGAAAUACUUGUUUCAGAUCAUCAGAGGAAUAGCCUUUUGUCACAGCCACAAUAUAAUACAUCGGGACAUUAAGCCAGAGAACAUCCUGGUUUCCCAGUCAGGAGUUGUCAAGCUGUGUGACUUUGGCUUUGCCCGUAGCUUGGCAGCCUCUGGGGAAGCUUACACAGACUACGUGGCAACCCGCUGGUACAGAGCCCCAGAGCUGCUGGUGGGAGACAGCAAGUAUGGCAAAGCUGUGGAUGUGUGGGCUAUUGGCUGUCUGAUAACAGAAAUGCUCACAGGAGAGCCUCUCUUCCCUGGAGAUUCAGACAUUGACCAGCUCUACCACAUCACCAAGUGCCUGGGUAAUUUAAUUCCAAGACACCAAGAGUUAUUCUAUAAAAAUCCCCUCUUUUCUGGCAUGAGGUUGCCUGAAGUGAAGGAGGCUGAAUCUCUGGACAAACGAUAUCCCAAGCUCCCUGCUGCAGUGCUAGACUUAGCCAAGAAGUGUUUGCAGAUUGAUCCAGACAAGAGACCAUCCUGUGCUGAGCUCCUGCAGUGUGAUUUCUUUACCAAAGAUGGAUUUGCUGAAAGAUUUACUCAGGAGCUUAAAUUGAAGAUUCAGAAAGAGGCCAGAGACCAUCAAUUACAAAAGAAAUCAAAAAUCAGCAAAAGGGACAAAGAUGAUGUUUUAGAAGAAAGAAAAAUGCUUGGUGUCCAGCAGGACUUCAGCAUCGACCCAAAGAGCAGGGAAGCAAAGCUCUUAAAGGCAAAGCGUGCGAAAGCCAACGCAGAGAAAGCAGACCAAGCCUCCCACCUGAGCUCCCUCUAUGACAGUGCCAUCAACCCAUUCAAAAUAAGCCCUCAAACCAGCCUCAAAGAUUCCAGUAGCAGCUUGGACUAUGCCAAGAACAUUGGCAUAACAGUGAUCCCUCCCAUCAACCAGAACGUUUCUCCCACUACAGUCGGGAUGGGUCAUAUGCCUGGGAACCUUAAUUACAGAGUUGAUGAAAAGAGUAAAAAAUACCUGAACCCAUUUCUAAAGCAACAGAAGCAUUCUCCAGCAGGCCGUUACAGUGUCAGCUUGACAUCAGUGACUAAUGAAAAAAACAUCCUUCAGGCCAACAGGAAAAAAUGGGAAUUCUCUAAGACAGAUGUGCGUUUGCCAGAGCUAAAUCAUCUUCCUGAACUGAGAGGAGUGGAAGCAUGGCAUCCCAGAUUCCUGAAAAAGGAAAAUAAAACCAUUUUAGAGUCCCGUGUCCCUUCCCUUGCUGCUAUAGACCUCCAUAACCCAAGUCUGGCCUCCCAGCAGUUGUCAGGGACCUUGUUGCCUGAUGCAUUAGAAGGCAGCUUCCCCAGAGUUGAGCAAUAGACCUAUGGAGAAGAUCACACCUAUCUG